CAGUGGUUUAGACGCAUAACACCACACAAGUGACUCACCGCUGACUCCUUGAGGUCGUAUCAGUGAGAAAUCCAAAUUACGUUUUUUACUUAGUUCACUCACCACUAAGUUAACCAUGCGAGAGUGUAUUAGUAUCCACGUUGGCCAGGCUGGAGUUCAAAUUGGCAAUGCAUGCUGGGAACUAUACUGCUUGGAGCACGGAAUCCAGCCCGAUGGACAGAUGCCUAGUGACAAAACCAUUGGUGGCGGUGAUGACUCCUUCAAUACAUUCUUUUCAGAGACUGGAGCUGGUAAACAUGUUCCUCGAGCUGUGUUUGUGGACUUGGAACCAACAGUAGUAGACGAAGUGAGGACUGGAACGUAUCGUCAGCUGUUUCAUCCAGAGCAGCUAAUCACAGGCAAAGAAGAUGCCGCUAACAAUUAUGCCCGAGGUCACUACACUAUCGGCAAGGAACUCAUUGACCUUGUGCUGGACAGGAUCCGCAGGCUCGCCGACAUGUGCACUGGUCUGCAAGGUUUCCUUAUUUUCCAUAGCUUUGGAGGAGGUACUGGAUCUGGUUUUACCUCACUACUGACGGAAAGGCUCUCCGUGGACUAUGGCAAGAAGUCCAAACUUGAAUUUGCUAUCUAUCCAGCCCCUCAGGUUUCAACAGCUGUUGUGGAACCUUACAACUCUGUUCUCACCACCCAUACGACACUUGAACACUCAGACUGUGCUUUUAUGGUGGAUAACGAAGCUAUUUAUGAUAUCUGCCGACGAAACUUGGACAUCGAACGACCAACUUACACAAAUCUCAACCGCCUGAUUGCCCAGAUAGUGUCUUCUAUCACUGCAUCUCUACGAUUUGAUGGCGCCUUAAAUGUUGACCUGACAGAGUUCCAAACUAACUUGGUACCUUAUCCAAGGAUACACUUUCCAUUAGCAACAUACGCUCCGGUUAUUUCUGCAGAGAAGGCCUAUCACGAACAGCUCACUGUCGGAGAGAUUACCAAUUCCUGCUUUGAACCGUCCAAUCAGAUGGUGAAAUGCGAUCCCCGUCAUGGCAAAUACAUGGCAGUUUGUCUGUUGUACCGUGGUGAUGUAGUACCUAAAGAUGUAAACGCUGCCAUCGCCACCAUUAAAACCAAGAGAUCCAUACAAUUUGUGGACUGGUGCCCAACAGGAUUUAAGGUGGGAAUCAACUACCAACCCCCCACAGUUGUUCCAGGAGGUGAUUUAGCGAAGGUCCAGCGUGCUGUGUGUAUGUUGUCUAAUACCACGGCCAUUGCUGAAGCUUGGGCCCGACUUGAUCAUAAGUUUGACCUUAUGUAUGCCAAGAGGGCGUUUGUCCACUGGUAUGUUGGAGAAGGUAUGGAAGAAGGAGAAUUUUCGGAAGCACGAGAAGAUUUGGCAGCACUAGAAAAGGACUACGAGGAAGUUGGUGUGGACUCAGCUGAUGGCGAGGGCGAUAUCGACGGCGAGGAGUAUUAAUCACUUCAUCUGUGUGUGUUAUGUUCAUAGCUUAUCUGUGCAGAACAUUAUAGUUUGUUAGUUGUUUAGUUUUUUGAAACGCCAAAAAAUGUGAAAAAUUUUACCAAUCCAUAUCGCCAUUCGCCAAAUUGAAAGUUUUCCCAUGAACACAACAAAAUUCAGCCAUUUCUAAAAUUAAAAAUAUGACAUUCGCAUUUAAUCGAUUAAAGUAAGGUUUAGUGCCAAUUUUGCAUUCGAGAGUGGGAAAAAUAUGUAGGUAACUUGGAUGAUAAUACACUGUAACCUCUGCCUGAAAGAAACUGAUUUUCUUUUAGUUUAACAAUCAAAGGAGAAUGAUGAUACUUUAUAAAACUGCCUAUGAUUAGCUAGUACAUUAGAUUAGUAGAUUAGUUAGUUUCGCGUAAUAAGAGCAAAGUUGAGAAAAAUUACUCUAUUCUGAGAAAUUCCAUAGAUGUAAUCACCAUUCAACUUGUGUUUAAGGCACCUGUUUAAAAGCACUGUUAGUUCACUUGCACGUACAUAUUUUCAGUGAAAGGCACACAAGUUUUUUUUU